AGUUCUUUGACGAUAAAGCAAGAAGAUUGCUUCAAUGAGUUCCAGAAAGAAAGGACCUCAUGUUCGUGACCAGCAUUUUGCUGAAGAAGAUGAUUUCGUGAAGCCGAGGCCAAGCUACAGGCAGGUCGGAAAGGUGAGAAAUCUCUCCUCAAGACAGAAAUCCACCGAGCUGAGGAGUCUUCAACCAGCUCUUCCAGGAAGACCACGGGGCCGCUCUGCCACAAAAAGAUUUCCUAUAGAGAAACCCUCUUCAGGAUCCAUGCCUAAGGUGCAAGUACGAAAGAACGUGCAGAAUACUCAAGAAAGCAGAAGUGGCAGUGGUACCAGCAAACCCCAGAUCCCUCACCAGAAUGUGGCUGGGGCUGUCAGCACCUUUCAACAUGAGCAGGCAGUGCAGAUGAAAAGGGGAAUUAUAUUGAAUGUGCCCAAAGAAUUAAAAUCAUGUCUUGUUGAGGACUGGGACUUGGUAAACAAGCAGAAACAGUUAUUCCAACUCCCUGCUAAGAAGAAUGUAGACACCAUUCUCGCAGAGUAUGUCACUUUUGUGAAAUCACAAAGAAGGGGUGAUAAUAGGGAAUAUUCCGUUGAUGAACUUGUGAUUGGAAUAAGAGAGUAUUUCAACAGGAUGCUGGGCACCCAGCUGCUCUGCCAGUUUGAAAAACCCCAAUAUGCUGAAAUUCACCUUGCUUAUCCUGAUGCUCCAAUGUCUCAGGUUUAUGGGGCUCCACACCUCCUGAGAUUAUUUGUGAAAAUUGGGACUGCAUUGGCGGGUUCAUCCCUUGAUAGACCUAGUCUUAGGUUAGUAUGCAGCUAUCUGCCCGAUUUUCUUAAAUACCUAGCGGAGAAUUCUACUUCUCUGUUUAGUGCCAGUAAUUACAGAGUGGCUUCUGCCGAGUAUUGUUGCAAAGCCCUGUGAUGGUCUGCUGACCACUCCCUGUUAUGACCUGGACCAGUAAACAUUUCUGUGUUUGCUGUUUUCAUUGUGUAGUUGAUAUCCUUUAAAAUUGUCAAUGUAUAACAGGGCUUAAUAUUUCAGUUUGAUUAUUGUUGUGAACAGAAAUAAAAAAUAUUAAAUGCUUCUUUACCGCUAU